GCGUUGUGCCCCGCGGGGCGGCGCCGCGCAGCGCCGGGCCCGACAUGGCGGCGGAGCGCGGCCGGUAGCGGUGGGCGCACACGACGCCCCCUGCCCGGUGCCGCGGCCCCGCCAUGCACUUCUCCAUCCCCGAGACCGAGACCCGCUCCGGAGACGGCGGCGCCGCCUACGUGGCCUACAACAUCCACGUGAACGGGGUGCUGCACUGCCGGGUGCGCUACAGCCAGCUGCUGGGGCUGCACGAGCAGCUAAGGAAAGAAUAUGGCACGAACGUGGUACCAGCCUUUCCCCCAAAGAAGAUCUUCACGCUCACCCCAGCGGAGGUAGAGCAGCGGAGGGAGCAGCUGGAGAAAUACAUGCAGGCUGUGCGGCAGGACCCAACGCUGGGAGGCAGUGAGACCUUCAACAGCUUUCUACGCAAGGCCCAGCAGGAGACGCAGCAGAUCCCUACGGAGGAGGUGGUGCUGGAAGUGCUGCUUUCCAAUGGCCAGAAGGUCAAGGUCACCAUCCUCACUUCAGACCAGACGGAGGACGUCCUUGAGGCUGUGGCCUCAAAGUUGGAUCUACCAGAUGACCUGGUAGGCUACUUCAGUCUCUUCCUGGUGCGAGAGACCAAGGAUGGAGCUUUCUCAUUUGUGCGGAAGCUGCAGGAAUUUGAGCUGCCAUACGUGUCUGUCACCAGCCUGCACAACCCUGAGUUCAGGAUCAUCCUGCGCAAGAGCUACUGGGACUCCUCCUAUGAUGACGAUGUAAUGGAGCAUCGUGUGGGACUCAACUUGCUGUAUGCACAGACGGUGUCAGACAUCGAGCAUGGAUGGAUCCUUGUCAACAAGGAGCAGCACCGGCAGCUCAAGUCUCUGCAGGAAAAAGUCUCCAAGAAGGAGUUCAUCCGACUGGCGCAGACCCUGAAGUACUACGGCUAUCUCAAGUUCGAUCCCUGCGUCACAGACUUCCCCGAGAAGGGAUGCCACGUUGUCGUCAGCGCCGGCAACAACGAGCUCAACUUCCAAGUGCGGCUGCCGAGUGAGCAGAUCAAGGAAGGCAGCUUCAAGGUUACACGCAUGCGGUGCUGGCGGGUCACGUCCUCGCUUGUGUCUGUGCAGGUGCCCAUGAGCAAUGGUCCCUCAGGGAGCAGCCCAGGGAAGUCAGAGGUGAAGCUGGAGCUGGCUUUUGAGUAUCUCAUGAGCAAGGACCGGCUGCAGUGGGUCACCAUCACCAGUCCACAGGCCAUCAUGCUGAGCAUCUGCCUGCAAUCCAUGGUGGAUGAACUGAUGGUGAAAAAGUCAGGUGGCAGCAUCCGCAAGAUGUUCCGCCGGCGGGUGAACGGGGCCCUGCGGCGCUCGGACAGCCAGCAAGCCGUGAAGUCACCCCCAUUGCUGGACUCGCCUGAUGCCUCCCGGGAGCCGAUGGCCAAACUCUCGAGCAAACUCACCUCUGUCAGUCUGCGAGGGAUCAGCCACUCCAGCUCUGCUAACGAUGUGGGCGCUAACGACUUCCAUGGCAAUUAUGCCUUUGAGGGCAUUGGUGAUGAAGAUCUGUAGCCGCUCCCCCCUCCUAGGACAGCACUGGCCUGAGGGCCCCAGGGCCUUCGCUGAGGAAUGUACAACCUGCAGACAGGUUGCAAUCAACGUGCCUCUCACCUGCUACCAUCCACCUUCCCCUGCUCCCCAAGGGCUGGGGGGUGCAUCCCCAACCCACCAUUGCCUUCAAGGCUGGGGGCAGCUGAGCUCCUUUUGCUGCCGGCUUCCCAUGGGGCAGCCUGUGCCGGUGCCGAGCCCUGGAGCAGGUGUCACGGAGCCCAGCCCAGCUCUGGAGGGGCAGAGCCCCCCCUUCUCCCACCCUGGGAGGACCUGGGCCUACAUCAGGCCUGGCCCGCUGUGUGGGCAGGCGGCCGCCCCAGGGGGUGUUGGCAGCAGCCCGGUGGCACCGAGCGGCCCUCGCAAGGCUCCAUAAUGCCAAAUUAGCCUUUAGGUUUCUGCUCAGAGACAGAGUGCAGUAAGCUGUCUCCGGUGGGGCUCUGCGCAGAGCCCUGUCUCUAACCCGCUCGUAGACUCCAGUGUAAUCUAGGCUUGUAACCACCUAUCUCCUGCUGCUCAGACCGACCAGAGCAUUAAUGGACAGUAACCAAUGUUUACAUACUGCAAUGAUGAUUAAAAUGGAUCCUGAUUGGUA